UGAGAGGCCGUAGAAGUCUUGAUCCUUUAUCCGAUGAUGCGCUCAAUAAGAAGAUAUCCUCGCGAAUUAUUCGACAGAAGAAAAAGGUUGACGCUAAAGUACAAUGCUUGGAAAACAUUAUUACUUUUGAUGCACAUCCUGUGGUCAGAGAUGUCGUUGAGAGCAAAAUUUUAUCAUUAGUCGACCCUAAAAAUGCAUGCAGCCCGAGGUUGGAACUUGGUACGCGAUCUCCAAUGCCUCUGAACGGUUUUGCAGAGCGAGCUAUUCGAACUCCCCCUGAUAUGCAAAGAAGAAUGGAUCUAUUUAGAGAAAGAAUAAAUAUGCACAGAGUGCCAACCGACCAAAUAAUUUCACCAACAUUAAUACCUACGCAAGAUUUCCUGAUCAACACUACGAAGAAAGCAAUUCCCUCCAAUCAACAAAUCGACCCCUUGCUAGCCAUGUUAAUGGAGGAAGACCAUGUUUAUGAAGCGACUUCUAGGGAAAGUUCUGCAGAUGAACCCGAACCGAGACCAAAGAGAAGAAAAACCAUCUCACAUUCUUCAGAUUUUUCUGAAAUAGCAGACACUUAUGAUCCGGUUUCCAAUUUUGAUUUUUCAAUCAAUGACCAUGUUGACCUUAGAAAAGGAGAUGAAUCAACUAGUAGGGCAUUAAGACAGAGAUCGGUUCAAAAGUCAAAAGGAAAAACGCGGUCGAAAAAGUUGUUUGGAGACAGUUGCAAGGAAAAUUAUAGUGCAAAAACUAACAAACGAAAACAAAAGCAGAAAACAGGAUCACCAGAAAAGAUGAAUAUUGACAACAUUCCCGAAACAAACGAAUUCAGCUUCAUCAACCAGCUCAAUGAGCGUGAUUCUCAGAAUCAAGAUACUGUGGCGUUAAGUAACCAAAUAGUACCCGAUAGCUUAGAGUUUGUUCACAACUUGAACAAAAUGACAUGUGAAAGCGAAUCGCAAUUGAGCUCACAAUCUCGGGAAUGUGAACAAACUGACGAGGUUAUUUCUCAGCACGAAGAAGUAAAUGCAAUAGAUUCGCAGUCGACUAGCGAAACGCAAUCGCAAACUGGGAAAGAAAAUGAGCCGACGAAAAAACAGCAUCCACCGCGAGGAAAGAAACGAAUAGCUAAACCAAAUAUGCUGAUGUCUCAAAAACUGUUCACGCCUUCGAAAAUGGAUAGUUUUGACGUUUUUGCUGACUGUAAACGAAGACAACUUCCUGUAGAAGCAAAGAUGCUUAUUAAAACAACUCCAAAAGUGACAAGAUUGUCUAGGCUAAAUUGCAGCCAACUUCAAUCUGAUUCUAAUGCAGUUAGUCAGACAAGUUGCCAGCAACCAGAUGUUCAUGUUCAAGUCAGCGAAUAUAACGAACAGCCGAUAGUCGAAGUUAACGAGGAGGUUUUUUUGUCCCAUCCGGUGGUGUUUUUGAACUCAGCGGGCAUGCAAAUGGACGAUGACAUGCAAAUGGAUCAAGAACAAGAUGAUGAAGAUACUUCAGGCAAAAGUUUUGAUUCCGCUGAAGAAAUGCAUUAUACGCCAGAAGAAAGUCAAGAAACAGCUGAAAACUGUCAAGAAACGCAAGCAAUUUAUGACAUUGAGGAAGGAGCUGAGGUAGAAGAUAAUUUCACACCAAAUAAAAGAGUCACGAGGUCAAGGUCAAACGAAGUUGUGAACAGACUUAGAAGCACGAGAAAUGUCAUCCCAGACCCUGAAAAUGUUAGAGAAAAAAUGAAGAAGCGGGUAGUUACUAAGCCAAGACGUAAAGCGGCUGUAAAUAAAAGGAACGAUGCGAAUAAAACGAUGUGCAAUUAUCCUGUCGGCGAUUUUAACAGCAAAAAUCAUCAUGAGAAAUCUUCGGCUAGAGUUGAAGCAUCCAAGGCUGCAUCUCAAGCAUCAUCAAAAUUUUACACUGCUCCUGAAACGAGCUCCUACAACAUGGAAUUGAAUGAAUUAGAAUUUUUACCGGAAGCACCAUGUAAAAAUGCGAAGCAAACUCACGUUAAAAACGAAAUCAGAACGGCGCCUUUGUUUACAGUUCGAGCUAGUAUAGAUGCAUACAGUAUGGAAAAGAAAGGGUCUCGAAGGGUCAAACGGAAGCUGUCAAAAAUCGAAUCGGGCCAAACUGAGUCUGGUGGUGCUAAUUCAGCAGUGAGAGGAAUUUGUGGCUCCAUGUCAAUCUACUCGACGUCACUAAGUCCCAAACAGCAGAAAACGCUCAAAGAAGCUUUGAAGACUUUAUGUGAGGAAACUUCUCCACCCGAAGAAAUGAAGAAUAAGCCUGGGUUGAAGGUGGCGCCUAAGAGGCGAAGAGGGGGAGUUGCGAGCGAGUUGGGACUCUAUGAAGUGACGAAUGACGUCAGCCGCAGUCUGGAGGGUGUGACUCAUCUAGUAUGCGGCGACGAGAGCAAAAGGACUUUGAGUGUGUUAUUUGCCAUAGCACGAGGAUGUUGGCUGCUCACUUUUGAUUGGGUAGAAAAAUCACUAUCGGAAGGCAAAUGGCUCCGAGAAAGGGAUUUUGAAGUGACAACGUUUCCUGGAGCGAAGGUAAACCGGGAAAGACUUAGCCUUCUGAAGUUACAGGCACUGCAUCAGAGUAACAUAGCUUGUCACCUCUCAAGUGCAUCUAUAAUAGUGAAACCUCCCAAAAUACUCUCGUGUAACUGUCUCUUGCACGUGCUCGACGGGACACAGCCGCCGAAGCACGAGUUAAUGGCUCUUAUUACUCUUUCGGGCGGCUGGCUCGUGGACAACCCAGAACACGCCAAGUAUCUGAUUGGACAGCGAAACGGGCAGAAUUUGACCGCGAAGAGAUUGGACAGAAGAAUGAAUUUGUUCAAUGUUCCGGUUGUCAAAGAAACUUGGAUCUUAGAUAGCAUAGCCUCUGGACACCAGAAAAACUUUGAAGACUACAUAGUUAACUAAACUCAGAUUAAUAGUUUGUUGUGUAUUUUAUUUAAUAUUUAUCUCUCGAAUAUGAAAUAUUACAAAUUUCUCUGUCGCAUUGUAGGUUACCUUUUCUGUAAAUAAAUUUAA